GUGGGGCUGCUCCCAGGGUUCUCCUCUCUCCCGGGCCAGGGGGAUGGAUGUCUUGAGACGCACAGCGGCCACGUACUACUGCAGACUUGAGAUGCUGGCCGAGUGCUGGUCUCUGGCGUCUGGUGGGAUCUGGCCUGUAGCAGGUUGGCGGAGGCACGUCCUGGGUCCAGGCUCUGUGCCUGUGGGUGACCUUGAGGAGGCUGGGGAAGAGCUGUGUCCCCUUCCAGCCACUCCCUACUUCAGUGGCCUUGGCCUGGGAUUUCCAGAAGGAGUUGCUUGAUCUGUUUUGCUCCCAGGAAGGCUCUCUUCACCGUCUUCCUCCCCACAACAAGAAUAACAAGAGCUUUUACAAUUGAUGUUUUUUCUUCAUUGUUAGUUAUUUUUUAAAAAAGAAAAUCAUGCUCACAGAAUCAUGUUUACCAGCUUCAGUUUAGGUAUGAGGAGCCUGAGGGUCAGAUGUGUGAAGCACGAUUCCAGGGGCCCUCAAACCAAAUCCCAAGAUUCUGCCCACCAUGUGGUUAGACUCUCAGGAGCAUCUGUCUGCUUACGGCCCUCCAGCACCGUAAGGAUAGAAGCAUACUCUGUUCGGUGGAAGGUGCAAUGGCCCUCAAAUUCAAAGUGUUAUGUGAUACUGACUUGGAAGAAUACUUUGGGUAUGAAGUACGAAAAUCGGACUUUGAAUCAUUUCAACAAUAGACUCAGAUUUUCUAUCCAGGACUUAACUCUUCACAUCGAUGCAGCUCAGCAUCAGGACAGCGGCCUCUACUUCCUGGAGCUCACCAAUCAAUCUGGGCACGUGUCACAGUGCAAGUUCCAGGUUUCUGUAUUUGAUCAUGUCGAGGAGCCCCGUGUGUUGGGGCAGUGGAAGGCCCUGGACACGGGGAAGUGCCAGGUGACUCUGUCCUGCUUGGUCUCCAGAGGUGGUGAUGUGAGUUAUGCUUGGUACAGAGGGAGUGAGCUGAUCCGGACAUCGAGGAACCUCACCAGACUGGAAGUGCAGAUUGAUGUCAACAGCUCGCACACAUAUGCCUGCAAUGUCAGCAACCCUGUCAGCUGGGCAGACAACACCCUCACGCUCACCCCAGGCUGUCUGACUGGCCACCAGAAAUUGGGCUUUCUGCCCUUUUUGGUGACGGUCGUGAUUCUCCUAGUCUCACUGUUCCUGGGCACCCUCACCUGCUUUUGUGUGCGGAGGAGGAAGAGGGAGAAGUCAGAGACCAGCCCGGAGGAACUUCUGACAAUUUAUGAAGAUGUCAACAACCCACAAAUCAGGAGAAAUCAAAGGCAGAAGCAGAAUUCCCCUGGAGAAGGUACCACCAUCUACUCCAUGAUCCAGUCCCAGGUACCACUCCGGUUUCUCACAUCCAUCCCCUUCUGCUUCCACAUCACAAGAAACCACGCUGUAUUCACUAGUCCAGCCUUCCCGAAAGUCUGGAACCAAGAAGAAGAGCCAUGGGUCUUCCCUCAACAACACUGUGUAUGAUGAGGUUGGGAGGAGGGAGCCCAGAGCCCAGAACCCUGUGCGGCUGAGCUGCAAGGAGCUGGAGAGCUUUUACGUGUAUUCCUAGUGGUCACAGUCCUCCUCAGCUCUCACAGCCCAGCACCGGCUGGGGAAUCAGAGCGAUGCAUGGUGCCACACGAGUGUCUAUGGAAUGGUUCCUAGUCUGGAGAGGAUACGGGAGUUUGUCCUUGGCCUGUAUUUUGUUUUGAAGAUGAUUUCUAACAGCCAUUGUGAAAGCAAGGCUGUGAUAUAAUCUCCCUCAAUCGGCAGACCAGAUAAGAAUGGAGAGGGUUUGGACAGUUUACAAAAGACUAUACAGCGAGUCCAAGCCCUGGGAAUCUGUCAAGUGCUGUGAGGACAUCGGGUGUUGCUGUUAUUAGCAUCAAGAUUCCGGUCCACUGGUUCUCUGUCUAUUACCCAUCUCCCCUCUUCUCUAAUUGGGAUGAGCCCAUUUCUAGGUCCUCUCCUUGCCCAGGCCCGUCUUCCAAAGAGGAAGGAGGGUUCCUGCUGGCUCAGAGAAGGAGAAGAAGCCCCACUCCACGAGGGUGGGUGGUGAGCGGCUGGCAGGCCCUCCCAGGGGCCAGCCUGGGCUUUACUCAAACACAGAGGAAGGAGCCUCCUCUCCCACUGCAGUGAAUCUGUACCUCCGCCUGUUGACCGCAAGGGUGAGCGGGCAGGAGCGGGAGUGUACGGCACAGGCAUGCCCAUCCCCGCGUGGAAAACCCACCGUGAGCCGGUGCUGCGCUGGGAGUCGGGCGGUGAGCCCAGCUUUGUCUAAAGCAUGUUGUUCGAUUUACAAAAACACAUGAU